UUCCCGCAUUCCCUCCCCCCAACCGCAGAUCCCAUUGGCUGAUUUGCCCGCCCGCCACAUGCAAUCACAGCCACAGACACAAGCCUCGUGGGUUCUCAUCUCCGCAACAUGCGCUAGGCCAACCCCAUGGCUCCCUAGUAUCUCAACUCCAUUCUCCACCAUCCGCGUAGACGCUACUAGCAGGACUCGUCCUUAUGGCUCUGGCCCAAGGCCCCACUCGCCCGUCCCUGCGGUAUUGCGUCGAGCCAACUGAUUCCCUCUCCUCGCGUCCCGUCCCUACGUUAUCGUCUCUUCGCCUGUUCUCUCCCCCCGUCCGCAAGCUGGAUCUCGUCCGCGAGUUCGAGCCACGUGGUCCCGCCAUUUCCGCAGCCGCGUCAGCAGCCACGUCAGCAGCCACGUCAGCAGCCACGUCAGCCACACCGCAUUCUCGAUCCAAGCUAUUGACCAGCUCCGAGCUCAGAAUAAGAGGCGCAGACAGACGCGGCAAGCCAGGAAGCCGGCCGUUAGCGGCAGCACGGGAUCAUCCGGGAUCGGUGGGACGGGGGGAAGGGAGGGGAGGGGGAGAAGGGCGGGGAGAAGAGCGGGAAGUAGAAAGCUCCGGCCAUGGCGGACCAGCGGUGACAAAUGUGCUGGAUCGCGGAAAUGGGGCAGAGGAAGCGUCGGCGCUCGUGGAGGGCGGAAGUGAAGCGCACGGGGAUCGACGGGAAGGACUGAUCUGGAGCGAUUCGGAAGACGAAGCGGUACCGCAACAGGCUUCGCGGGAGCGGAGAGGCGGCGAGGUGGCGCAGGGCGGAAGCGGAAGACACGGAGAUGGAGACGGAGACCAUGCGGUCCCUGGCACGCACCCAGCGUCGUCGGCGUCGGGGUCUAGGCUGUGGCACGUGCUGUCCGUGGUCAACGAUAGCACCAAGUGGGUGGCUACAGCCGCUACAGCCGUGGCAGUCCUAGCGACGCACAACCGCGCGGCGGCGUGGUUCAUGAUCGGCGCUGUGCUCAACGUCGCCAACGGCAAGGCGCUCAAGCGCAUUCUCCGUCACGAGCGCCCCGAGACGGCGCGCGGGAAGAAGGCGGACCCGGGCAUGCCGUCGUCGCACGCGCUGAGCCUCUCGUACCUCUCCGUCUAUGGCGCUGUCGCAGGCCUGCAGAGCUAUGGAGCGGCACCCCACACCAUGGCUGCCGCCGCCUUGCUUGUCUCUCUCGCCGCCUUCCUGGCAAUACUGCGGGUGCUCUUAGGCCUCCACACGCCUGCACAGAUAGCCGUGGGGUGGGCCAUGGGCACCUCCAUGGCGCUGCUCUGGUGGCGUGCCUCCUCUGCUCUCCCGCUGCUGCAGCAACACGCAGCGUGGGUGGAUGCAGGGGUGGCUGCGGCGGGCAUGGUCAUGUUUGCUCUCUUUGUGCUCGUGGAAGUGAGGAAAUGGCUGGCCAAGGCUGGGGGAGGGGUGAUGAGCAGGGGGGGCAAGGGGGCCGCGUGAGUGAGUGAGGUGUGGGGUUGGAGUGAGGAGCGAGGCUAGCUGGUUUAGGAGAAGGGCUGCACUGUUGUUAGGUAGGGUUGAGGAAGGAGGAAGGUAGCUACUGAAGUAGUGGAUUCAUUGCCGCUAGGUGCAGUUGUUCAUGGCAAGGCAUGUAGGCUGUGUCAGCACAACAUGAGACUCCGGGAAACGGAGCUGGCUUGCGGAGGCUAUGGUUGCCACAACCAAUUGCAAAGCUUCCUUGAAACACAUCUUGGCAUGCAAUUAAAGCGAGAGGUCAAAAUAGUGAAGGCGGGUCCAACUUGACUAGGCCCA